AUGGACAAAUUCAAGGAGAAAAUGGCACUGGUCCGCGGAGAGUUGGACGCCAAGCUCGCAAAAGCCGAAGCCGCCGAGAUGGAAGUCAAACGCCUGACGGACGAAAACACCGCCCGCGAGAUCGAAAUCACCUCCCUCAACGCAAAAGUCGAAUACGCCGAGACCAAGAUUACCGAAUGCGAGACCCGUAUCGAAGACGCAAAGUCUGGUCUGGAUGCCGGGGAGACUGCCAAGGUCACCGGGGAGGGGUUGUCGAGGAAGAUUGCGUUGUUGGAGGCAGAGUUGGAGCUAGUGGAACGGAACUUGGCUGAGGCUAACGUGAAGCUGCGCGAGAUGGACACCAAGGCAGACCUGUUUGAGCGCAAGUCCCAACAGCUUGAGGCCGAGAACAGCUCCUCAGAGUCCAAAGUCGAUGAACUCGUCAUCCAGUACAACACCGCCAAGGCCGACCUCGAGGCCACGUACAUGGGCAUCCAGGACCUCUAA